AUGAUGCAGGAGCUGGUGGCUGGUGUGGAGAAGAUCAGGUUUGACUCGGAGGCUGAUUUGAAGGAGCUUGGAGCUCGGUCCCUGCCCUUCCUGGGGGUGGACAGUGUGCAGGGCCACCCCCGGCACGGCGGGGCCAAGCCCGCUGUGUGCAAGCAUUGGCUGCGAGGGCUCUGCAAGCGGGGCGACGGCUGCGACUUCCUGCACGACUAUGAUGCCACCAGGAUGCCCGAGUGCUAUUUCUACUCCAAGUUCGGUGAGUGCAGCAACAAGGACUGUCCCUUCGUGCACGUCGAUGCCACCAGCAGCACCCUGUGCUGUCCCUGGUACGACCGUGGAUUCUGCAGGCACGGUCCCCUGUGCAAGUACAAGCACACGAGGAGGGUGAUGUGUGCCAACUACCUGGUGGGCUUCUGCCCGGAGGGACCCAAGUGCAAAUUUGUGCACCUCAAGGCCGGGCUUAUGAGCAGCAGCACAGACCCAUCCAAGGAAGCUGGGUGUCCGUGGGGGCUGGUACAGUGGGAUCUGGCUGCUGCAGAGGAGAGGGGAGGUGAGGCUGUGCCACCCAAGGGGCCACCUCCUUCUGGCACCCAGCACCUGGCAGAUCGUCUGUGGGACAACAGUGGCUGCCCCCCGAGCCCACAGAACCUGCUGAAAGGAAGUACCUGCUCCAAGAGCAGAUCAGUCAGUCCCUGUGCCAGUGAGAGCGGGAGGACCGCGCUGGAAAUGCUGCUGGGAAAAUGA